AUGUCCCGUGGCCUUACUCGCCGGUGCCGCCUGCCCACUGGUCCCGAAUUGGUAACAUUCAAGGAUAUGGUCACGGACUUCACUAAGGAGAAAUGGGACAUCUUGGACCAUUUUCAGAAAGAGCUGUACAAGAAGGUUGUGCUGGAAAAGGUCCAGAACCUGCUGUCCCUGGAAGCUGCACUGAGUAAACAGUCUUCUGCAGGCACCAAUUCUCCAUCUACUUUAGUCUUCCCUUGCCACCUUUUCAAGAGAAUCCACAGUGCAGAGAAACCUUGUGAAAAUAAUCAAUGUGGAAAGACUUUCAGACACAACUCCAGUCUUGCUACCUAUCAGAGAAUCCACAUUGGAGAGAGGCCUUAUGAAUUUAAUCAAUGUGGAAAGAAUUUCACACUGAGCUUCAAUCCUGCUGCCCAUCAGAGAAUCCACACUGGAGAGAAGCCUUCUGAAUUUAAUCAAUGUGGAAAGACUUUCAGAAAGAGCUCCAGUCUUGUUACUGAUCAGAGAAUCCAGUGGAGAGAAACCUUUUGA